AUGGGAGACGUGCCUGUGGAUGCCGCUGCACUUGAUGCGCACUUGUCCUUUUGCAUCAGAUCGAGUCACCAGUCGUCUUUCAGACCUACGUGGGAGACAGUCGGAGACGGAGAGCCCACGAACUUAGUUUUUCGUCUCCCUGCUGCAAGGGGACCGUUGCCGCUGAUAGCAGGACCUCGAGCUGAAGCGGCAUCUUCCGGGUCCGUCAGUCAGGCCAAGAGACCGGGUGUUUCGGGAGACUCUCCAUUGAAGAUGGCUAAACAUUGGCACGGGAUUUCGUGGGAGUACAAGCUGGAACGAGAGCUGGUCGCGGGUAUCAGGAAGUGGGGUGUGAUCAUUAUGCACUCCCCUCUGAGCUUUGAUAUUGGCCGGCGUCUUCGGGGUGAGCAAAGACUUGAACCACUCAUCUUGGAAAGCCUCGGCCACAUUUUUGCUGGGAAGGCAGCUGGUACUCUGCAUCAGAGGGCUGGUCCGAUGCUUAGGUAUAUCCGCUGGAGUGUUCAGGCCGACAUGGAUCCUUUCCCACUUGAGGAGGGGCAGGUAUACGAGUUUUGCAAGGGUUGCGAGUUUUCUUCUGCUCCGACUUUCUUGAAAAGCUUCAUUGUAUCCAUAUCUUUCGCUGUGCACGUCCUCGGUGUCACAGGUGGAGCCGACUGCUUGAUCAGCGGUCGGGUGAUUGGCAUAGCGAGGCUCACCUACCUUGCAAAGCGCAAGAAGACUCGGAGGCCGCCACUCACGGUGGCUAUGGUAGCUUUCUUGGAGAACCUUGUUUGUGAUCCGACUGCCAGGGCAAUUGAUCGAAUCUGCGCGGGUUUCUUUCUUUGCUUGGUGUUCAUGCGAGCCCGUUUUUCAGACGGGAUGAACCUUGGAAACUUGCAGUUGGACACUCCGAGUGGUCUAGCCACUGAGGUGGCUGGAUACUUGGAAGGAGAGGUGCUUCGAUCAAAGACGUCUUUCACGACCGAGAGAAAGACGAUGCUUUUGCCCAUGGUCUGCCCACGCUUAGGUGUCACAGGACUCGAUUGGGCAGGAGUGUGGAUGAAGCUCCGGGAGGUUCACAAGAUGCCGACGGGCAGCGGUGUGCCGCUGCUCCCUGGUACAGGAGCUUCGGGAGAAUGGCUACUCGUCCCACCGAGUGCCACUGUAGCUGCGUCCUGGCUUAAGGGCAUUUUGAGCAAAGGAGGUUUUGAUCAUGGGGCUCUCGCCAAAUUGGGCACUCAUUCGUGUAAGUGCACUACCCUCAGCUGGUGCGGUAAAUUUGGUAUCGAUCAAGCGGUGCGUCGUACCCUCGGUUACCACACCGACCGAGCUGCUGCGAUGGUCAUUCUUUACUCUCGUGAUGAGAUUUCAAGUGCUGUGCGAGCUCUGGAGAGAGUCCUUGUUGAAAUCAGGGAGGAUCGUUUCAGGCCUGAUGCCACUCGGAGCGGACAUUUUCCUUGUGAGGUGGCUGCGCCCUCAGCAGAGACAGAGGGUGAUCCUCCCGACUAUGAGUCCAACGGCGGAGUGAGUGAGUCGGAAGAUUCACAGGACGAAGAGGACAACGUUGGCGAUCUCGGAGCCGAGGAACGGGCUCUGGAGGAAAUUGGAGCCCCGUGGAGGCCACAGGGCGCUGCGAGUGAUCGCCGUAUGUUCCGGCACAAACUCUCGAGGAUCAUUCAUUUUGUGGCCGACGAGGCCGGUGCCACUUUUGCAUGUGGAACAAAGAUCUCUUCGAAUUACGUUGAGAUGGACAGUGGAGUUUCCUUCUUGCAUCCUUUGUGCAAGAAGUGCCACCCGGAUCGCUUGGAUCCAAACCGAUUGGCCCUUAGCGAGGGGCAAGACUUUGUGUUGACGUGCUUAACAGUGACUUGGGUCAUUAUGGAUCGCAAAGUCUUGUCUCGUUUGAGCGUCGAGGCUAUGGCAUGCAACAAAUACAGGGUGGAGGGUGUAGUCGUUGCAAUGUCGGUCACCGAUUCCACCGCAAAUUUCCGUGCGAGGGCCAUCGCGCUGGGGCUUGAUGAGGCUGUCCUGCAGAAGAUCAUCGACGGGGGUAUUGACACAUUGGCCAAGUUUGCUUUUUCGUCUUCAUACACCCCUGGUGCUCAGGAUGAAGGGCCUUUUCUUGAGUCCAUUUCAACUCUUCUGGGUAGGAGUGGUAGCGUGGGAGAAUUGUCAGUACUUCGACGCUUGUUCCAUGAAUCCUACUCGCUCACCUCGGCUGAGUUGAAGCAGUCAGUGGAGCGUGUUGAGGACGGGCCUGUCAAGAGAUUGGCUCAGCCCGACAGAGCCGACCGGUUGGCCAAGCAACAGAAACGCUUGCCUGGGAUAAAUAUCCGAGGCCCCCUUGAGCCGUCUGAUCGACUCGUGGAUCGUUGCGUGGCGAUCUAUGAGGAAAACCGGCUUGUCUACGUUGAGCUUUCAGCCUGCACCUCUAAGGAAGACGAAAUCAAGCAGGCCACGCUCAAGGAGGACCGGCAUCUUGUCGUAGAAAGCGGAGGAAAUGUUCGACUCAAAGGCUUGGUGAACAACAAGAUGGAUGCAGACAUUUCCUCUGAUUUGCUCAUGCGGUAUGCUCUUACUAGGCGUGGCCUAGCGAUGGAGCAGGUCAUCCAUGCCGACAGACAAUUCUUCAUCAAACUUGCCGAGCUCACCCGAGAGGGAAUACAGCUUCAGGCGACGGGUAGGCCAGACCCCGCAUGGACACCCCGCAAGGGCGAUGGCAAAAAUAGCAAGGGAGGUAAAGGUCAUAAGGGUGGUAAAGGAAAGCGAGACACCACUGCCAUCACUGCUGCGAUGCCUAAGGAGAUUGCGGCCAGAGCCGAUACGGGUAUGAGCGUUGAUGCAUCCGGCGGUGCCUCCGCUGAAAUCCUUUCACAACAUUUGCUUGAGGCUGACAGGUUGCCCACUCCAGAGGAGAUUGAAGAGCUCGUUAGCCUCUUGCCACACGGCGAGUUGACCGGCGAACGCCGGGGCAACAAUGACAUUUCUUGCAAUGCAUUCCAUCGCGGUGCUUUUGUGCAUGUCAAGGUAGGAUUGCGGCGAAAUUGCAAAGCUUUCCCAAGCACGACAAAGAUACUAGCGAGAAUUCUGCGACAUGCCCAUCCCGGGCAUGAAUUUACUUCCUUGUUGCUGUCUGUUGACAACCAGACUGCAUUGCAUGCAGAUAGCCAGAAUGCCUUCAUCCCAAACUUAGUUGUUCCACUAAACCGGUUUUCGGGUGGUGGGAUUUGGGUGCAAUCCGAUGACGGCAAAGAGCGCUUGACAGUUGAUGGUCAGGAGCUGCUGGGAACCACCUUGGAUUUAGGGUUAGGCCCCGUAAGAUUUCAGGCCAGGGCUCAAAAGCACCUCACGCUGAGCUGGGAAGGCCGGCGAAUAGUCCUUAUCGGAUACUCGGUACAAGGAGGUGAGAAGCUUGACGACUCAGAAAAGGUUGUGUUGCAAUCCUUGGGGUUUGCACUUCCGUCGCAGUACCCUGCCACUGGCGACCCGAUGGCAGAGCAGGCGUGUUUUGCAGACUUCAGUGGGACCAGCAGUCCGCCACUUCUUGAGCAAAGGCAAGAAUAUGAGCCACAGCACGUCGGCGAUCCGUCGAAGGGUCCAGUGCAAGGGAUCGUUAUCGAAUUGUUUGCUCGUAGUGGUGCCCUGUCUAGGGUUUUCAAACAGCACGGGUUUGAGGUCUUCCCGGUGGAUCGUGGGGGACAUAGGCUCCCUUUGUCCAAGUUGUGUGCACUUGAUUUAGCGCAAGCGUCGAGUUGGACCUACCUUGAAGAGGUUCUUGAAACCUACCCUGUUCUUUAUGUCCACGCUGAGCCACCUUAUGCCACGUUUGGACCACAGCAGGCUUUCAGGCACUUAGUCAACGGGGUCACCAGCCCCUCGGGAGCCACCGAUUCCAACGUUGUUGAUCGGCUCGCGUUGGCUGAUUCCAUGGUCAACCACCUGUGCACUUUCUUGCAAAGCGUAGACAAACGGGGAAUACCUUGGGCCUUGGAACAUCCUAAGGACCAAUUGCAGGGAAGGUCCUUGAACUGCUUGUGCAAAGGCGAUCAUUCCCACAGCCAAGUGGAAGGCGGAGUCGUCACGCAUCCGCCCGAAUUCUGCAAACAUGUCGUUCAGGCCGUUGCGCGGCACCAUGGUUUGGCUUGCCCCGACGUGGCGUUGUCAUCCACGCCAGUUGGUGUUGCCCAGCAGAAGCGAGGCAAGCCUGAAGCUUCGCUACUGCCCGAGUUCGGCAAGGUCUUGCAGGUGGAUGUCGAUCAGGUUCCGCCAGUGAACCACAAGCAGUGCCUCAUACGUCCGUUGGGCGAGGUGCCAGCAGGAUCCAAGCUCAUCGCCACGUCUCUUCUCAGGGGUGAUGCGGGUGGCGAUGCGGGUAACGAAAGUAAGAAGUUUCGCCUUUCUUUGGGAGUCUUUGCCACACCAGAUGCGUUCGUUGAUGCGGCUAAAGACUUGCUACAUCCUUUUGCUGCUUCGGCUGUUCUGUCACCUAUUGUGAAAAGGCGACUGUUCGAGGCCUUGACCAAAGGUCCGGAGUGGGUUCAGCGACAACGGUGCUCCAAGUUGAAAUUGUGGCUUAGCUGGGCCAAAGAACUGCAAGUUGCCGAAGGAGAAAUGAAAGGUAAGCUAGACCCUGACAUUGGCCGUGUGCUUCGAGGCAAGCGCUUGUUGCUCCUGAAGCGUAUUGCUGAUGAUAUGGACUGGCCUGACAAGGAUUGGUUGAGCGAGCUCUUGGAAGGGUUUGACUUAGUUGGUAGUCAGAAGCACACCGGGGUCUUCAAGCGAGAGUUGCGACCACAGGCGAGGACCAAGGCGGAUUUUCUUGGCGCUAGCAAGUUUUUGCGACCGGCACUUCUGGGCAAGGUUGCCUCUGAGGGUCUGAACGAGCAUGCUCAGGAACUUUGGGACAAGACCUUGGAAGAAGUGACGGACGACCUUCUUGAAGGGCCUCUGACGCAGGAAGAGGUUCAUGCCAGACAUGGUGACCAUUGGGUCCCGGUUAGGAGGUUUCCGGUUGUACAAUCUUCAGCGGGAAAAAGGAAGCUUCGACCUAUUGAUGAUUUUUCGGAAAAUCUAGUCAACGGUUCUUUUUCGUAUGCCGAUAAGAUUGACUUGCGCGCCCUUGACGAAAUCAUUGCCAUUUGCCGAUGCUGGACCCAGGCAUGCACUUCGGAGCAUCAGUUCUUUUUCGCGAUGCCUGACGGGCCGCCAUUGGUGGGCCGUGUCCACCCUUUGUGGAUCAACGGGGCUUGGGAACCUUUGCUUACUACGUUUGACUUGAAGAACGCUUAUCGUCAAUUCCCGCUAUCACCAGGCAGCCGUGCUCAUGCAAUCAUUGCACUGUUGGACCCGAGUAGUCUUGACGUGGGUUUGUUCGAGUCCAAGGCGCUACCUUUCGGCAGCACAGCGUCGGUGGUUCACUUCAAUCGAAUGUCUCGGUUGUUUUGGAGGAUCGGCCUUGAACUUCACUUGUGGUGGAGUAAUUUUUAUGACGACUACCCAGUCAUGACACCAACACUGCUUAAGGAUUCCACCAUGUCGACAAUGAUGCUCCUGUCCCGGCUGUUAGGGUUUAGUGCUUCCCUUGAGAAGUUGGCCCCUUUCUCUUCGGUUGGUUCGAUGUUGGGCGUUGAAGUAGACUGCAGCUCAGCGCCCGAUGCGAUCAUCCGUGUUCGCAACAAAGAAGGUCGUGCGAGCGAGGUGUGUGAGGUCAUACAAGGAUGCAUUAAGGCUGGCGUCGUACGGCAGAGAGAUUUCGCCCGUGUCGCUGGCAGGAUUCAGUUCUCAGAUUCACAAAUCAUGGGACGUACCGGCAAAUUGGCUUUGGCCGAGUUGCGAGCCUCGUCGGCUAAGCACGCCGACAAGUUCCGUCUUGGCGAGCAGGAGGUCAGGGCCUUUGAUUUCUUGGUCAGUCGACUGUCCUUUGGUGCUCCUAGGGUCGUGCCCUGUUCGGUUCCCCCGAAACCGAUUCUCGUCUUUACCGAUGGCGCCAGCGAAGGAUCUGUCCACACAGUAGGGGGAAUCAUGCUUGACCCGCGAGAACAACAACCGAAGUACUUUGCUUGCCAUGUGUGCAACAGUGUCGUCUCGACUUGGUCCCGGGACCUUCAGCACAUCAUAGGUCCAGUCGAGGCCUACGCCGUGCUCACAGCGAGAAAGGUCUUUCAUCAGUCACUGUCGGGACGAUAUUGUGUGUACUUCAUCGAUAACGACGGUGUGCUACUUAGCUACAUCAAGGGUACGUCUUCUAGCAAACCGAUGCGAGAUAUUUUGCUGAUGUGGGAGUCCUUAGAGAUGCAUGCUCACACGUGGGCUUGGUGGGCUCGUGUGCCAUCCGCUUCGAACCCAGCCGAUGCGCCGUCAAGAGGCGAGCUGGAUGAGCUUGUCAAGUCUGGGGCAUUGCGUGUGGUUUGUGAUUGCCCGCUUACCGGUACAAAACUUGUCGACUUGUAA